AUGCCCAGACUCCAAGUUCCCGAUCGCCGAACUACCCCAUUAUUCCUAUGGGGUGAAAAGACCUCAGUUCACGGAGAGACACCAACAGUCUUCACGGCCAAACCCCGGGCUUGUUUUCUAGUCUCUGGCUCUUCUUGUCCAGGCAUUAUUCUUUGCAUGAGGCCAGGCAAGGGUUCUAGCGCAGAAACGCAAGUAACGCUGCAGGAGUUUGUCUAG